UGUAAUAUCAAAUAAUAAGGUUGCAAAUGAACGAAGAAUACGUGUCACAUAAAUGAAGCGUCAUAUAUACAGAAUGUGGAAGGAGGAGAGGGGAAAUAAGAGAGGGUUGGAUAACAAGCAAGAGGUUGACGUGAACGUCUUCGGAAUUCGAAUAAUGUUAAUGCUCCUCUAUUUAUAGCCUCCUCUUCACAUUCCUCUUCUUUGAUUCCCAUCACCACCGCCUCAAAAUAAAAAACAAAAAAGAGAGAGAGAGAGAGAGAGAGAGAGAGAGAGAGGAAGGAGGAGGAGAAACACGAUCUGAUUCAGAGACGGAAGUGUGAGUUGGGCUGGUUAUAUGUAAAGAAUGGGGCAGUGUUCAUCGAAGAAGGGGAUGGGGGAAAAAGGGUCAUCAUCAUCAUCUAUGGAGAGAAGAGGAGGAGGGUGUUUGGCAAUGGUGCAGGAGAGGCGUUCUAGGUUUUACAUCGCCAGGAAAUGUAUCUUCAUGUUGCUCUGUUGGCACAGAUACCACCCCCACCACUAGCUAGCUAGUAUUGAUCUUGUCCCUUCUUCUUCUUCUUCCUCCUCUCUCUGUUCAUCUUUUUUGUGUAUGAUAUAUAUACAUAUACACACAUAUACAUAACCAUUCAGACAGACAGAAGCUGAUUGAUGCUUCUCCAUUACGAGUCUCCCCCGUACGAUUCUGUCAUAUCCGGUCACCGACGCCUGCGGGCAUGAAGGGAGGGAGGAGAAACUCAAUCAUCAUGAUACGGAAACAUAAAAGAUUUUAACUAUUACUUUAUAUAACGGUAUGUACCCUUGCUUGUUAAAUGUAAUGACAGCCACCAAUUAUAAACACAACUUCAUUUGAUUCCACCAUGCCCGGAAAACCGGGGCAAUUGCAGAAAUGCCCUUAAAUGAUACAUCUCACUUCAAGUGAUACCCUUCCUCAGAAAAAAAAAAAACGCCAACAUCACUCGUACCCUUAUAAAUGUAGAUUCUCAAUAAUACCCUUUAAUUAUUUAUAUAAUUAUAAUAUAUAAAAAUAAAUAAAUAGAGAUCUACUUUUC